AUGUCUGAUAUUCGUUAUGAUUUAAUUAGGCGGGUGAUUGUGAGAGCAGUAUUAUCAAUUAAUUAUAAUAUUCACAAUGACUUUCAUAAACAACACGAAUUUAUGCAACAAGCAAUCCUUGAUGAUAAUUCUCUUACAGAAGAAGAAAAAGCUGAAGCACCUGAUCCUUAUUUGUCACAACAUCGGAAAUCACACCAGGACCCAGAAAUAUAUAUAUAG